AUGGGUCAGAAGAACAUCACAAUGUCCCACAGGAUUAUCAGAUAUGUGAGGGGCGAUGAGCAGAGUACAGAGGACCUUCCUACAGAUAACCGCCCAGAUGACUGUUCCAGGAACUUACAGAAACAUCUGGUAUCUUCAGAUUUUAAAGUAGAUGAUUGUGGUAUCACACGAGACACAUUUGAAGAGCAUGCCAAUAUCCAAGAUAUACCCUCAUCCAAUCACAGCCACAAUGUAUUAUUUGAUCAUUUUAAACAGGUCCGAUCUUUUGAUUCAUCACAGACUGUAACACAGAAUAAAAGUCACAGAAGAAGUGCUAAACAUCAAACAGCUCACGUAAAAGAGAAGCCAUUUUCAUGUUCAGAAUGUGGUAAAUGUUUUGAGUAUAAAUCAGCUCUUGCUGUACAUCAGAGAACUCACACAGGAGAGAAGCCAUAUCCAUGUUCAGAAUGUGGGAAAUGUUUUAAGCAGAAAUCAGCUCUUGUUAUACAUCAGAGAACGCACACAGGAGAGAAGCCAUAUCCAUGUUCAGAAUGUGGGAAAUGUUUUAACCAUAAAUCAGAUCUUGUUGUACAUCAGAGAAUUCACAAAGGAGAAAAGCCAUAUCCAUGUUCAGAAUGUGGGAAAUUUUUUAACAGUAAAUCAGAACUUGUUGUACAUCUGAGAAUUCACACCGGGGAGAAGCCAUUUUCAUGUUCAGAAUGUGGGAAAUGUUUUAAGCAUAAAUCAAAUCUUGUUGUACAUCAGAGAAAUCACACAGGAGAGAAUCCAUUUUCGUGUUCAGAAUGUUUGAAAUGUUUUAAGCAUAAAUCAGCACUUGUUGUACAUCAGAGAAUUCACACAGGAGAGAAGCCAUUUUUAUGCUCAGAAUGUGGGAAAUGUUUUAAGCAUAAAUCAAAUCUUGUUGUACAUCUGAGAAUUCACAAAGGAGAAAAGCCGUAUCCAUGUUCAGAAUGUGGUACAUUUUUUAACAGUAAAUCAGAUCUUGUUAUACAUCAGAGAAUUCACACAGGGGAGAAGCCAUUUUCAUGUUCAGAAUGUGGGAAAUGUUUUAAGCAGAAAUCGGAACUUGUUGUACAUCUGAGAAUUCAUACCGGGAAAAAGCCAUUUUCAUGUUCAGAAUGUGGGAAAUGUUUUAACCAGAAAUCAGUUCUUGUUACACAUUAUAAAACUCACAAAGAGAAGCCAUCUCCAUGCUUAGCCCUUUAGUGACCACCCUUAUGUGUUUUUAUGGUAGUCAGUGUCACUAACUAACUGGCUUCAUUCCUUCAGAUACUUCUUUUUACAGGGAGAUAAAACAGCACCUUGCUUUGAGUUACAAGAGGUGGCUGAGGGCUUGGAGUGAUGAUUGGAACCACUGUGAGAGCUCCUCAAACACGUGUUGUCUCCUGUAUUGAAUCAAUACUGGUCAUCAAAGGACAGAUCCAGUUAAAAGUGAAAGUUUAUACUAUAUAUAUAUAUAUAUAUAUAUCUAUAUCCCCUCUAAACAAAAAUGGUUAGUGAGAGGAAAAAAAAACAAAAAAAAAAAAGAUAACUAUCUACCUAUUCCAGCCCUGGUCUGUUCUACCUUUUAUAAGUAUUUGUAAAAUUAAAAACGUCAAAUAUGAGCUUGUCAAGAAACCGUCAGCUCUUACUGGGUUUCAUCAGUGAUGUGCAAGUUCUCCCAACAAGUGACCCAGGUGAGGAUUGCCUCAUUACAUAGAAGCCAUUAAUCGCCCUCCUAAAGGAAUACCAUCUUAAUCUGUGCACCCUGACCAAAAUGUACCUGUAGAUAAAACCAACAAGUGGGGUCCCCGCCACCCCUGUAUUUAUAGAAGUCAUGUGCUUCUCUCAUCUCGCAUUAAUUUACCAGUGGGUGAAUCCUUGGGUAUUUUCUUCUUUGUAUGUCCCACGAGCUCUGGAUUGUUUAGUUUUAUAAUUGAAGACUUGAUAUAAAAUGUUUUUAUUGGAUAUAUUUUAAUUUUUUAUCAUUUUGUUUCCUAUGACUAUUUUCAUUUCCAUUAUUGUAUGUUGAUGUGGAGAUGAUGUUUUAAUUGGAGGAUCUCUAAUAUUCAGGCUGUUCCAUGGGCGCAGUUACAGUUUUGUCUGGGUUUAUAAUCGGAUGUCUGACACCUGACAAUACUUCUAUAGGUAAUGACGAUACCUUGUGUGGGGAGGGGUGGUAGUGAUCCUUUACUGUUUCUAUGGAUGGUUUUGGAUGCUGCCUCUUAAAGGGAGUCUGUCAUCAAAGUUUCACCUUUUUAACCCUUCCCAUA